AUGUCUGGCUUCAAGAAUUUCGCUCUGGUAGGCGCCGGAAACAUCGGCGGACCACUCGCAGAAGAGCUCCUCAAUGCAAGGUCGGCUGGUACAGUCGACAAGGUCGUUGUACUUGUGCGUCCGGCAUCCGCGUCGAAGCUCGAGGCCCUGCGCGCUCGAGGCGCCUCGAUCAUCCCAAUUGCCGACUACUCUAGCGCCUCUGAGGUGUCCAAAGCACUGGCCGACAUCGACGUCGUCGUGACCUCGCUCGCGGACCCCGUACUGCAUUUGCAGAUCCCCAUCGCGGAAGCAGCUAAGGCUGCCGGUGUGAAGCUCUUCGUGCCAACCGAGUUCGGCAUGCCCUCAGAUGAAGUGGUUGACAGUGUUCAUGUCGCCAAGGUUGAGAUCAACAAGAAGAUCCGCGACGUGGUCGGCCUUCCUACCGCGCUCUUCUACACUGGCAACUUCGCGGAUUGGCUUUGGAAGCCCUAUAUCACCUUGGAUGUUAAGAGUGGCAGCGUUGGAGUGGGAGGCGAUGGAAACGCUCAGAUGUCUUUCACAUCGACGAUUGACAUCGGACGCUUCCUUGUAUACGUCCUCACGACGCUACCGCCUGCCGAAACGAAGAACAGGACAUUCCGUAUCGAGGCUGAGCGGGCGUCCUUCAAUGACAUCUUUUCUGCGUACGAGAAGAAGUACAGUGUUAAGCUUCAAGUGUCGUAUACGCCUAUCGAGGAGCUGGAGGAGAGACUGAGGAAGGAUCCAAAUGACGUCGUGAGUAUCUGUCACCUUGGAUGGGCGACAGGCAAGGGGACCGUCGGCUCUCCUCUCGACAAUGAGUCAUUCCCCAACUGGAACCCGAAGGCAGUAAUGUACUAUCUAUGA